AUGAAGCGUAAUGUGCUUGCAUACUUGGGUUACAGAACGUUAGUCGAAGAAGACAUGACUCUGGAUGUCCUUCAGGGUAUACUGGUGAUUAUUGCUUGGGCACAAAAGUGUCAUGUUGAUAAUAGCCAGGUCAUUAACUUGGCGUACCUUGCAUUGGGAUAUGCGCAUAACUUGGGGAUCACUCAAGAUACUUCACUAUUUUCCGCGCAGAAGAGUGACCCCGAAUUCCCUGACACCGAAAGGGUGAACCGUAAAGAAGAUCCUUUUUCAAUAGAGAAGAAGCGCACCCUUCUUGGUCUCUACUGUGUACUAUCGAUCCAAUCCGCAAGACAAUCGCGGCCAAAUCCGUUACAGACACCAUACAUCGAGGAUUGUCUCAAAACAAUCGCCCAAGCCGAAUCCUCACCUUCGGACUCUGUAGCAGAGCACAUUGUCCGUCUCAUUCAGAUGAGCGAAAGACUCUCAGAAGGGUUUGGCGAGCCACAUGAACGUACACUGUCCAGGCCGUAUGCUUUCCUCCUCGAAGGCACUGGGAGACGUUUCCACUCCGAUCUGAGCCGCUUAUCGGAAUCAAUCGCGUAUCCCAAUCUCGCAAGCCACAGUCAGACAUUUGAGAUGCACCGCUUAUAUCUUCUUGUGCGGUUAUAUGAACCUGCGAUUAUUGUGGCUUGUCAUCCAGACGAGGGAGUGUCUCAGUUCGUUUAUCUACUAAUAUGUCUCCGCAAUUGCCUUGAAGCUAUGCAGUCUUUUUUCGAUAUCUUUCUGGACUUACCUGUUGACAUGGUUUUGCGUUGUUCGAUAGUUACUGUUGACCAAGUAUUGUUUGUCAUGUUGCAAGCGUCACAUCUGCUUCUUGUUGACAUUCCUGAUUGGGAUGCUCAGUCCGCUCGGCAGACAUUAGAUUUCGGUGCUAUAUUGAAUCGCAUGAUAGCACAUUUCGAGAAAGCAGAAGAACUGCGCAAGAUCGAGAUGAGGGUGUUUGUUGGUUUCACACAGGAAGAAGGCCGCGAAGAUGCCAUCAGCAACAUUGCCAGAAUCACGAAAGAGAUUCAGUGGUUGAAAGCUUGGUUUGAGGCCAAGAUUCAUGGGCGCCAUAUGGAAGCUGUGUCACUGGUUGAACUAGGAGAAGAUACAUCUGAAGCGCUAAUUAAACCGAAGUGGUCGGUAGGUCUCUUAGAGGAAAUGCCUUGGAACAUUGUCUCAUCUUAG